AUGUUUGAGGAGCGCGAGGCCUCCACGUGGAAGUGGGACACGCGGAGGGCGGCGAGCGUGAUCCAGCUGCAGCCGGACAGCUGGGCGCAGGCGGCAGAAACCGGCCAGCCGCACUAUGCGGAGUUCUUGCAAGAGCUGUGGCGCCGCGUGAAAAUGGAGUUUGUUGUCGAGUGGCCUAUGCUGAGGAAACGAUGGAAGAUCAUUCUAUUUGGUGGGAUCUUCCAGUAUGUCCAUGGAAUAUUUACUCUGCUAGAGCUCCACCUGCAUCAAGCACAGAAGAAGCCUCUGGGAGAUGCUGGAUUCUAUGCCCUUCCGGAACUUGGGCGGAAGAAUGCAUGGGUGAGUGAGACGCUCUUUGGUAUCAUGUUCGGCAGUUUUCUAGUGUGGACCUUCACGCCCUUUGUGGUUGCCCGGAAACGCUUCUACACCGUCGUGUUGUUCUCAAGGAUCCUCAUGGUGCUAGUUGCGUGCCAGAGCUUGCGCAUCGUCUCAUUCCUGUCGACGCAGCUCCCUGCUCCCAACUAUCACUGCCGCCUGGGCCCCGACGGCCAGAAAAUCACCCCCGACUGGCCCGAUCACUGGUGGGGUAACCUGAUCGUCAACCCCAAGAUGCAGGCAACGCAUGGGUGUGGGGACCUCAUCUUCUCAUCCCACACAACAUUUAUCCUUGUGGGCGUUCUCACCUACACAGAAUACGGGGGCCUGUUCUUUGUGAAGGUGUUGGCAUGGAUGUUAGGCGCUGUUUUGUCCAUGCUGAUUAUAGCCUCGAGAAAGCACUACACAGUGGAUGUUGUGGUCGCGUGGUACACUGUCCCACUGGUGUUUCAUUUCUUGCAUCGGAGAUGGACAACAAAACGGGAUAUGGCGGAGGACGGCUCCCAAGAUGAGGGGCUGGAAUUGCAGAGUGCAGCAUCUGAAGACUCUAGAGACGUGCUUUUGGAAGGGAACCAUGGCAUUAGCUCCACUGCUCUAAUGCCAAUCAGAUCCAAGCCUACUGCCUACCUGCCAAACAGGCUGGGUGACCAGGGCUCAUUCUCAUCUGGCACCGGUCAUCUGGCAAAAUCGCGUUCUGGCACUGACGUAGUUCCUGAUGGAGAUAGAUAUGAAGACAUGGAAGAGGGCAUUUCCAGAUCAGCGUCGAUGGGCACUGCGCCCACCAAACGGGCAAGCUAG